CGGCCAGCCAAUUAGCUGCCUGGAAGAAGCCGCGGAGGCGGGACUUCGGCUUUUAUCAGUCUGUAAAACAAAGCGCAGCGCCGACGAAGACUCCGGACGUGCGGCUCUGCGGGUGAGAAGCGAAAAGGAGACGAGUUUUACAGCUUCUGAACGCAGACUCCACAAACGGGACCAUGGCUCUGGACGGGUGCGGCGCCUUCUGCAAAUACACCCUGGUGCUUUUCAACCUCCUCUUUGCGCUUGUGGGAUCUGCAUUUCUGGGCCUCGGUUUGUGGCUGAGGUUCAGCAACAGCACCAGGGGCAUCUUCCAGGUCGAGGGCCUGAACUCCAGCGCGUUCGUCCUGGGGGUGACGGUUCUCAUCGCUCUCGGGGCGGUGAUGCUGAUCGUGGUGAUAUUCGGCGAUUACGGUGCCUGCAAUGAGAAGAGAUGUGCCCUGCAAGUGUUCUCCAUCCUAGUGACUCUUCUGGCUUCGGCUGAAGUCAUUAUUGGAUUUCUGGCUUAUUCCAACCGUGAUGAGGUCGGACAGAGCAUCGCUGAGUUCUACACCACCAUGUACGCCCUGUAUGUGCAGACUAAUGACCCGGCUAUCGCUGUCACACUCCUGUUCAUCAACAAUCUGCUUCACUGCUGUGGAAUCACCGGGGUCCCGCUCAUCGAGAUCGCUCAGAAGACGUGUCCCAAACCUGACGGCUUCUUAGAGAAUAUCAAGAUGCCCAGCUGCCCUGUGACCAUAGCAACCGUGUUCGACAGCAAGGCGUCUCUGGUGUUGGGCAUCUUCCUCGGGACCGGAGCUCUUUUGAUCGUAGCUCUGGUCUGCAGCAUCAUCCUCCGUAAAAGCAUUCUUGCGUCUCUCUCUGCGCCUCAGUACAUCAUCCUGACCCAGUCCUCUGUGGCUCUGGCCAACCCGCCUCCACCUCAGCAGGACUUCGUCUCCACCACCUCCUACCCUAACCAGGACCCCGUGGUCUUCACGCCCCUCAGUGUGGUCAACGUGCCUGUGGCGCAGGCUUAGUGCAGCCUCAUCCUGGCUCCAGUUCUUACAGUAGAGCUCACACACCCUUCUCCCUCAACCGGUGAUGGUGUUCGUUUUAUUAACCAAAUCAUAACCAUACUCUAAGCCACGUGUGUUGAGCUCUCUGCUGAGUACCUUGAUCAGGCUUUUCCAGCUUGUCGUUGACUGAACACACCUGGUCAAGGUAAUCGGGAGGAGCUGGAGCAGUGAGAGGUGGAAAACGAGCAGGGCUGCGACCCUCGUCGGCAUCACUUUGACAGCCCUGCUCUAAGCACAGUGUAAGUGAGACAUGAGUCUGGAUCCACUUGCCCACGUUCCCCCUUUACUAACCCACCAACAUGAAGCUAACAUCUAUUCUGACACCUUCAGAUUCUCCCUAUGUAUCACAAACAUCUUCAUGACUGGGCUUAGAUGGACUAGAGGCUGAGAACCUGUUCACACCACAGCUCUGUCCCAUCCCUGCCCUUUACUUCCUUCUCCUCCUCCUGUGUCUGCGCGACAGAUUGUGGCCAUGGCCUGCAGCAUUGUCCUCCUACAUCAGAUCAAGAGAAUCAAUCAGCACUUUGCGUCCCAAUAUUCCGCCGUUUACUGAGGACAACCAUCGCAUCGUCGCUGGAACCUGGCGCUGACAGAUGUCCAGAUGUUCAUUAUGUUACCGUUGUUACAGCCUCACAGGCCUUUCGUAACCAUUUCAGUUGUGUAGACGACACGUUUGCGACUGUUACAGAGUUUGAAAUAAUUCAGUUAAGCAGUGGUUUCUCAGCAUUAGGAUACGUUUCUGCUUUCUGUCUUUUCUGCAGGUUUAGGUGUUUAACUGAGCCACAAAUAAAAAGGGAAUUGAAUGUUUAUUUUAAAUUUAAGCUUCUAAGGCUGCUGUAACAGUUGUGCGGACCCUCAGUGGAAGCGUUUGAAUCAGUCUGAUGCUGUGAAACACAUGUCGCCACUGAGUCCCGUUCUCCUUAAUGUCAUUCCUACAAAGAACACUGAUGUUCCUUCAAAAGCUUGUGACCAAAUUAAAAGUAAUCAAGUGUCCUGUUUAGGAAAACUAUGCUUGAGUCACUCAUUUUGCUCGUUUCCUGUGUAGUUUGACUAUAUUGCACUAUUUUAAGUUCACGUUAUAGAAGUUUAUUUUUUCCUUUUCAUGAUCACUGGUGAAAGUGUUUCUAUAUAAUAAAUCAAACAGGUGCAGUUUUACAA